AAUACGACUUUACCGAGACUAGCAACCAAGAUUGGGCAGUAUGCAGACUAUGUUUUAGAGGUUAUUUUCUUCCGCUUCAGUCAUAUGCUUCCCGAACGUAUUCGCAAAUGGUGUGGACUGCUUUUCGAUCUCGAACUACUAUUCCAGCGAAGUUGCAGUGAUGUUGAAUUGACUGCUUACAAAGUACAAGAAACGCUAGAGGCAAAGGAUAUCUCGGGUUCUCAGGAACAACACACUUCGGAGCAGGCCGCUACAACAAUUGAGCCUCGUUUGGCUAAGCGCUCCAAGAGCCUUUGA